UUCCGCUUCCCCAUGGACUCAAACCACAAACCCUCUUGCUAAGAGGUGACAGUGCUACCCACAGGGUUUUGUCCAGCCCUGUAGGUCAGGGCAUCUUUGUUUUAAUCAUUGUACUUCUUUAAAGAAAAAAAAUGUGACCUGCUGUUGACCAAAAUAGAGGAAGAGAGAAACUACUGACCACAGAGAAGAACUUCAGUUUCGAUUGACGGUGUCAUCAUUUGAGCGACGUUAGUCCAAAGGUUGCGACUAAGUCCCCACUCCCAUUGUAGUUUACAGCCUAUACUCACUCCAGGACUCACUGCACGAAGGCAGGCAGCAAGAUGAAGACCCUUCUGCUUGUAGGGAUUGUUUUUUCAACGCUCCACAUCAGCAACUCUGUACUUCAAGAAUUCUGUAACGCCCCUCCUGAUGGAGGCCAAGGCAAACUUUUCCUCUUUUCAGUGUUUUAUGAUCCAACGUCGGAUCAGUGCAAGCCUUUCUUCUACCAAGGCGAGGGAGGAAAUAACAACCGUUUUCUAAAUGAAAGAGAGUGCAUGAGAAACUGUUCAGAAAGAGCAGAGAAUUUAUACCCCAUGCAAGCGGUCAAAGCGUGCCACUACAAACACGAGAGAGGUGGAUGUAGUGGACACUACCUGAGGUACUACUAUGACUCGGUUCACAACAAGUGCAAGAAGUUCAUUUGGACUGGAUGCCUUGGAAAUGGAAACAGAUUCUUUUCCCAUGAGAGCUGCAACGCCACCUGUGCCGGCAUCCAUGAUGAUGGUGAAGAGCUUGAGGAGGACGAGCCUGAUACUCCUAUCGCAAUCAUCUGUGGUGUUUUGCUUUCUGUCAUCAUUUUGUCCAUCAUUAUUACUGUUACCGUCCUGACUGUUCAGUCAAAGAAAAAGAAAGCCAUGAAGACAAGAGAAAAAAGCACCAAUCCCCAGUCGGACGCACCUCUUCAGGAGGGAGGCAUCGAGAUGACAUAAAACAUCAGCUCAGCUAAAAAGCAAAGCUUUGACCAGUUUGCCAUUAGGAACUUUUUUUUUCACUGGAACCAUAUACAUUACAGUUGUGAAUGAGAAUAGUUUGAAAAGGUUCUGUUUUUUGGACUGUGUCAUCAUUUUGCAGAUGUGUGUACGGUAAUUUCUCUUUUAAAUGUGUAAAGUGAUUUUCUUUUACCCUUUGUCAUCAUGAAAAGUUUAAUAAAUACUUUUAGCUCAUAAUCAUAUAAAGUCACUAUCAGCAGCAUCAGUCGAUCUAUUUUUCAAUCUAUAUCACAAGGCAGGAGCCUGAAAGUUUCCUUUUCUUUACUCUUCUCAUUUGUCAAAGUGAUGUGUUGUUUUCAUUAAGACAGAGAAAAAUUAAUGAAUUUGGAUUGUGCACUGUGUCUCUGGUAGAAAGAAAUACAUAAUAUCAGGUCCGAUCAGUUUUUAUUACAAAGCUGGAACAUUUUAGGAAGGAUAAUUAUAUCAAAAUAGUGCCCUCUGUAAAGCAAUAACUUUCCAUUACAAUUCAUUUUAAGAGAAACAUCAGUUUUAACUAUGUCAUUUAAACGGGAGAAAAAAACUAUUUCAAAUAUAUUUUCUAAUUGGUUGUUUUCAAAAAUCCCAUUUCUCUGUUUCUGAAACACAACUACAUCAUCAUCAUCACAAGUUGCUGAAAGUUGUUUGAUUUUUGCUUGUACUAUUUCAAAAAUCCAAAUGUUUGUUUUUAACCCUUUCUGUGCAGCGAUAGCUUGACUAUUCUUUAUUCUAUUAAGUUUUUUGCUCAUAUUUUGUGAAUUAACACAUAACAUUUGCUGUCAUGUGAUGAUGUGUUAAAUAUUCAAUAGCCUAUGUUAUGACACAUUUUUUUAAAAGACAGGUAUUUUUAUUAUUCUGUAUGUGUGGUGCAAAUAUUCACAAAACAUCUUUAUAGUCAUUUUGCUCUGAAAUAUUCUCAGGGUUGUUGUUUAACAAAAUCAACUUCAGGGCUUUUUCAAAAUGUGCUAUGAAUUGUGUUUGCACUGCAUCAGGGUGGAAAUAUAUGGUGAUGUUUGUUUGACUGCUUCAAUAAAAUCAGCUUGUUGUGUUUCGAUUGAUUUGUUUUG